GCCUCUCUGAGUGAACCCGAGCGAGCAGGGCCGGGGCAGGGCUGCAGAAAAACACACACAGGCGAGGCAGAUGUGAAAAAUAAACUGGAUUUGUUUGUCGUCAGCACUCGGUGAAGUCAUUAAAUGGUCUGUUGGGCUGGGACUUGAGCAAUAUUUACACCUAGCCUGAAGGAUGUCCCAGUACACAGACGAGCCGCGCUUCACCAUCGAGCAGAUCGAUCUGCUGCAGCGGCUGCGGCGGAGCGGCAUGACGAAGCCCGAGAUAGUCCAUGCACUGGACACACUGGAGCGUCUCGACCGAGAGCACGGAGACAAGUUUGGGCGCCGUGGCUCCGCCUCCUCCUCCUGUGGCCCUGCUCCCUCUGUAUCCGACCCCGCUCCUUCACACGGCACCAAUGAAAGCUCCAGCUCCCACAUGGCCGUCUCGACUGCCACCACCGCCACGCAGACGCAGUUCCUGUCCCCGUCACCAAGCAACAGCUACGCCACCUCACCACCCGUCUCGCUGGUCGCCGUGACGCAAAACGGGACGGCGAACGGGAAGCUGUCUCCACCUCGUUACCCAGCAGGAAACACGGCAGGGGCCGUGGCGGUGAGGCCAUACGGGUUCGAUGGGACGGAGGAAGAGAUGGAUGUUGACGACAAGGUGGAGGACCUGAUGAGGAGGGACAGCAGUUUGGUGAAAGAAGAGAUCAAGGCUUUUCUGGCUAACCGGCGCAUCUCUCAGGCAGUGGUGGCCCAGGUCACAGGAAUCAGUCAGAGUCGGAUCUCCCACUGGCUCCUGCAGCAGGGAUCCGAUCUGAGUGAGCAGAAGAAAAGAGCCUUCUAUCGCUGGUAUCAGCUGGAAAAGACCACUCCAGGUGCUACUCUGAACAUGCGUCCUGCCCCCAUGACCCUGGAUGAAAUUGAAUGGCGUCAGACUCCACCUCCAAUAAGUUCUGCCACGGGUAGCUUCCGCUUGCGCAGAGGCAGCCGCUUCACCUGGAGGAAGGAGUGUCUCGCUGUGAUGGAGAGCUACUUCAAUGACAACCAGUAUCCUGAUGAAGCCAAAAGAGAGGAGAUCGCCAACGCCUGCAAUGCAGUCAUACAAAAGCCAGGGAAAAAGCUGUCUGAUUUUGAGCGAGUGACAUCCUUGAAGGUCUACAACUGGUUUGCUAACCGUCGCAAAGAGAUCAAGAGGAGGGCCAAUAUUGGGUCUUUUUUCCAAGAAGCCACAAUCCUGGAGAGUCACGGCAUUGACGUGCAGAGCCCUGGAGGCCACUCCAACAGCGACGACAUCGACGGCAAUGACUACACUGAGCAGACUUGUGAUUUGCCCUACUUUGAGAAGAGACAGUUGGCCCGGCCGUUUGGUUUCUACAGGCUCGAGCCAACAUCACCAACCCAGGAUGACAGCACUAACCAUGCAGACCAUCAGGAUCCCAUCUCCCUCGCCGUGGAGAUGGCAGCUGUCAAUCACAGCAUCUUGGCCCUGUCUCGCCCAGGGGGUGUGGCCAGUGAUAUCAAAACGGAGGCGCUGGAUGACGACUGAGGAGAGCCUGAUGGAUGGAUGUAUGGAGAGGUGUGUGUGUGUGUGUGUGUGUGUGUGUGUGUGUAUGGAUGUGUGCUAUUUUGUUUCCAGAGCGGAGGUCGACUCUUGCGAUGACUCCAUGCUGCUCAGACGUGGGUCGGUCUCUCUCUCUCUCUCUCUUCCUCUGCAUCCUCUCAUUACACUGUAUCUGAAAAUGGCCAUGUAGUGCAGGUUCUGUUCCUCAGCCUGGGACUGGAUUUAAAAAAAAAAAAAAAACGAAAAUCCUCAAGUUUUUUUCUGGAAUCUUCCACAGUGUGGGGCCGCCACCUCCGGCCCUUCCUUUAGCCUGACCCCAACCUUUACCUCAUUCUGCUCCAGGAGUGCGUCGUGAUUUUUGCGUUUCGUCCCUCAUCGGUGCUUCCUGGAAGCGGCAUCGUCUUUUCCACUGACGUGCAGGAGCUUCUUGCGGACAUUUGACGUCAGUGCGUGUGUGUGUGUGUGUGUGUGUGUGUGUGUGUGUGUGUGUGUGAGAGAGAGAGAUAGAGAAGCUAUAUAGGUGGAAUUGAAAAGUGUGUUCUGCACAGCCCUCUGACUGUGUGUACAAGACUUCUGCAUUGACUGACAGCUCUGUGUAUUUAGGCGCUUGAACACUUUUAUUCCCUCCUAAAGUUGGCUUGGUGGUUAUUAUUAUCAUUUUUUUAACUCUGAAUUGAUUUUAGUUCAGUUCAAACAGUAAUCGGAUUCCUUUUUUUUAAUUUUUUUUAUUAUUAUUUUUUUAAUUAAAUGGGAAGAGGUGAACUGAAAUGUAUACAUGAGCAAACGUGAAACUAAUGUGGUUUUAUAAAUGCCAAAGGAUGGGAACUUAAGUCCCUUGGACUAUAAAGCAGUGGUCAGCUGAAAGCUUCUUAACACAAUUACCGUGUUUUCUGGACUAUAAGGUGCAUGGUUUUCAUUAGAACUCUUCAAGAACCUUAAAGAAACCAGCAAAGGGUUUCCCAUUUAUAGAGAGUUCCUAGUAAAAUCAAGGGGAGGGGUUUUUUUUUUUUCUUUUCUUCCUCUCGCAUUAACAUUGACUUUUUUAAUUUAUAUAUAUAUAUAUAUAUAUGUGUGUGUGUGGCUUUUUUUUUUUUUUUUUAUUUCACAUUCAGAAUUCGGCACUGUUCUGUUCCAUUCGUGAAACUAGAACUAGAUCUCUGUUUAAAUUGCGUUUUAUGAAAUGCAUCACUGAAAAUGGUAACCUUGCAUCAGACGGCGUUGUCUGGUUCACUUCCGACGACUGAUUGACAGUUUGUUAGGUGCUCGAUAGGUCAAUAGGUCAACUUUUUAAACUGGCACCCAAAGGGUCUGGGAGCCAUCUUGUGCUCCUGGGUGACCUUCAGUCCAGAAAAUACGGUAGUGGCGUUUUGAAUUGUGUUUCUUUAAUGUCCAGCUUCACCCAAAGUGGAUUGGAGUAAAUCCUUUCUUGUUUUUUUUUUUUUAGUAUUUAUUUUCUUUUUUUUAUGUUUUGGAGAUUUCUGAGUAAUAAGCUAAAUCUCAGUCAUGGCCUAAACACUUGUAAGUUCUUGUGCAAUGACAGCAGUAGAUGUAUGAGAGAGAGAGAGAGAGAAAGACUGAGUGCUCUUAUCUUAACCCUAAACCUCAUAAUCUGGCCAGUGCAUCAUUUUUUUAAUGCUAUUUGAUUUCAUAAUGGUUUUGCAGUGUACAGAAAAGCUAAUGUGUUUCUGUUCUGCCACUUCAGGACUUCUGCUGUAGGCAUGUGCCGAUAAUCAGUUAGAUGGUUGAAUAAAACUCUCUUAAUCUCGGGGGUUUAAACUAUUAUCAUGUGGGUUCCAUUGGCGAGAGGUCAUGUGGGGUGGUUCUUCCUAAGAACAGCAGUCUUCUUAAAGUCUGUGUGCGCGCGUGCAUCCCUUUCCCUUCUGUCUGAAGGAAAUCCCAGAAUUCUGUUCACGAGCCACAAGUGCUCAUCCUCUUUCUAUACUUUUAACAUGCUCUUAUCGACUUUUUACUCUCUUGAACUCCAUUUAAAAGGUCAUUCCAGAAGUGUACGUAGAGUUUAUGAGAAGGCCUUUUGAUGGUGUGAGGGAUUUAGUCGACAUGGAUCUUCAGUUCAGGAACAGAAUCAUCUGCCCGGAAAUCACUGCAAUCUGCUGCAGUAUCAUUUUCCAGUUUGCCGGACAAGGCUGUACACUAGAGCAAAUAAAAUGCAUUGAAUCAAUUUAUAUCGUUAAUAUCGCCCAUUUCACUGGGCUUCAUUUUAGUAAACUCGUACGCGAAUGACUGACUGACUGACGAAGGAUCAUGCUUCAUGAACGGUUGUGCUAACUUCCAAGUGCAUUCCUCAUUUAAAAUUCACUCAUUAUAGUGGCUCGUAAUUGCAAUCCGAUCUCACUUAGUACUUGGUACAAUACCGGUAUUCGGAGCCGCUACCUGAUCCGAACAUUCUCAGAGUAACCGAGCGACUUUCCGCAAGCUGCGUUUUACAAAAUCUCAGUCAUGACAGCGGCGUGCGUAAAAACAACAUAUUUCUCGUAAACUUUUGUCCCGUGUUUUGCAUUUCCGAUUCCGAUCCAGUGUUUUUUCAGGGCAGUAUUGACCUCAAUACUGAUACUCGGUAACGGAUCGGUGCAUCACUGUCACGCAUAAACUCCGUAUCGGCACAUGCCUAGUCUGCUACUGACUAACGCAGGCUCGGUACACUUUCCAAUAUGUAGCGAUUUUACUCAAUAAUAGUAAUAAUAAUAAUAAUAGUAAUGGAAAAAAAAAUCUAGAAUAUAAACCUCGUUAUAUUCAAUAUGAUUUUGUCCUUUCUCUUUCCCAGUGUAAAAAAGCUGAGUGAUAUUUAUGAAAUGCAGAAUUAACUAAUCAAGGGUUCUUUUUCUUUUGUCUUUUUUUUUAUAUAUAUAUAUAAUAUCUAUUUUUUUUUUUUUUUAAAGAGCAGUCUCUCUGUGUCAGAUAUUUUCAAGCAUAUUUUGAAACAGAAAACAGAGCACCCCCUAUCAAAAGCAAAAGCAGCUCUUGAAGUUUCAUGAGCGUUCAGUAACUGAAAACUGGUGGUUUUUUUUUUUUUUUUUAAUUUUUAUUAAUUUAUUCUCUUGGCAUGUUCACUGAGCAAACAGGGCUCAGGAUUUGGAAACAAGCUCUCUGGCAGUCCUUAACUUUGAACUCGCAACCUUCUGGUUACUAGCAUGUCACAUGUUUCACUGAAGUUUUCGUUACUGAAUUGUUUUCCAAGAAUCCGCGAUGAUCACUAAAAAUGAGUUCUCUAGAAACGCUAGUUAGCAUGCUAUUUACUCCUCACUUGCUUUUAUAGCGUCAAUAGAUAACCCGUUUUCUGAGAAUCGGGGCUUGGAAGCGCAAAAGUUAGCACUGAAUGGCUGACUGAGUAGCAAGCUACGUGUUUGAGCAUAUGAUUUUGCUUAUGUACUUUUUUUUUUUUUUUUUUUUUUAUUUAAAUAUUGAUUGACGAUAUUGACUUUUGAAUUUGUGAGAUGAGAAAACGGGAUCAGUUUAUGCUCCCCGUUUAGCGAGAUAUCGAUGUUUUAAUGUCGCCAAAUUCGUAAACAGUGCCGAGAUUAGUAUUAGCUUUCUAUUUGUUCUGUCGCUAGCGAGAUACUGAACUUGAACUCGUUUUUGUUUUAUGAUGCUCGUUGCAUCGUAAUGAAUUAAAAACAAACUUUUUUAAACAGAGCUUGACUAACAUUAGCUUGAUAUUAUUUUUUUCUAGCUAGAUAGGCUUUUUUUUUUUUAAUAAUUAAUUAUUUAAAGCUACCAUUUCAACAUAACCCAAUAUCUUUACUCAGCCAACAUUGUAACUUGCUGAUGUUUGUUUUGCUUGCUUACCUGACCGAAUUGUUGAUUAAUUUCUGGUCUGAGAAAACAGUUCAGUAACUAAACGACCACUUAGACGUAUUUUUCCACUCUUAUGGCGUAUUUUAGUCUGACUCUCACGUAUACUGUAUUUAUGUGCUGGAAAACAGCACGAGUACUUGUGAUGUUGCAACUUUAUACACACACACACACACACACACACACAGAGCAAAACACUGUGCCAAACUGUAAUAUCACAUUGACUGGGCUUUAUAAGCCAUAUGUUAUGGAAAACUUAGUUCUCAGCUGCAACACACACACUCUCUCUAGUAUUAUAUGUCAAUAUUUAGGCGAAAUCACGAGUCUCUAAGGCUAAGCGUUCAAUAACGAUCAUAAAGGGGGGGUGCUUUGUAUUCCAGUCUUCAGGGUUCACAUUCAUCUGUCCAUAAACAUCUGUCCGUAUAGUUUAUAUCGACAGUUCAAUAACGAUGUAUCGUAAAGAAUACACUAUAAUAACUAUAAAGAAACUGUUAAAUAAAUGUAUUGAUUUUUAAGUAAGUUGGAUCUCAAUCAUUCUGUCCCAUUUAAGACUUUAGUGCCUUUUUUGGACAGUAGACUGUUCUGUAAUUAAACUGUAGUAUAUAUUAGCGUUUUUUGUACAGUUUCUUUGUUUAAGAUGACUUUUUUUAAAACUUGUGUUUUAUUUUAGUAUUGUAUCUACUAGAGAAUAAAGGUAUAUUGAUGAACACAA